AUGGAGUGUCCUUGGGAUGCGGUUCUGGAGGAUGGCGACGCUCAGCUUCUACCGCCAGAGCUGCUACAGUUGAUACAGGACCGAACAAGCGACCCACGACUAUAUCUGGAAGGCAUCACGAAGGCCGCCCUCGAUGCUCGCUACACAUAUCGACUGCUGGCUCACUGUGAAGACGUGCUCGCUCACAUUUGCGCGUCUUUGCGCCCACAUGGAUCGUUUGCUUCAUCUGUUGCCACGCUUGCACGGAUAGUACCUCACGCGACCUAUCUUACACCGUACGCCGCACGAUUGCUGGAGAGGGAGCGUCAUUCCUUUGGCUCAAGCGAGGAGCAAAAUGUCCUGUACCUUCUGGGUCUGUUCCGGCUUCUUCGAUCAGACCAUCGACUUUUCCGCAGAUUCGUUCGGCCGCAGGAGCUCGCAUCGCUUCUGGGAAGAAGUAGUCGAGCGGUCACCUAUUUAACCAUACGGAUUCUGCAAAUAUAUCUGGAAGCUGCGGAUCACUGGUUCGAGUCGACGAUCAAACGCUACCUCGGUCAAGAUAGACCCGAUGGAGCUUUGAAUGGCCGAUGGGACGAAAAGACGAUUGACUAUCGAUUCUUGUCGCUCUGGGAAGAGGAAAGAUUCGAGCAGGUUUUGAAAUUGCGAUUGGAGGUCAAAGAAGCAAUAUCAAAAUCAACAGCUGUAGGAAGAAGAACAAUUCCUUUCCAGUGCUUCCAUCCGUCGACAGCUCUCCUCGGGGACAUCUUGUUCCCGAGAGCGCAUUCAUCACAAUCGACCCAUAGAGAUGAACCGGGGGUCGUGGUUACGGAUACCAUAUCUAGCAACCUCGAAUCAAUCGCAAGAGCUCUGAGAUCUCCAAGCCCAAUUCUUCUCACCGGCCUCGCCGGCUCGGGGAAGUCUCUACUAAUUCGUCAUGCUGCCCGCAACCUCGGACAUCUUGAUAAGAUGGUCACACUGCAUCUCAACGAACAGAGCGAUGCUAAGCUUCUAAUUGGCAUUUACACCUCCGGAGACACGCCUGGAUCAUUUAUCUGGAAACCUGGUGUCCUUACGACUGCCGUCCAGGAAGGUCGUUGGGUUCUGAUCGAGGACUUGGAUCGUACGCCAAAUGAGGUUCUUGGUACUCUACUUCCUCUCAUCGAAAAAAGAGAACUAUUCAUUCCUAAUCGCAACGAGACCAUCUACGCAUCAGAAGGCUUCCGCAUUCUCGCAACAGUCCGUAGCUCUGUCAAUCAUCGUGGGGAGGAGACGAAGCCUCUGACGCAUAUGCUUGGCCACAGACAUUGGCAAAAUGUGGCCAUCACGAUGCCUUCGGACGUCGAGCAUGCAGCUGUGGCGCAAAGUCUGUUUCCGAGUCUUGAAAAGCUGCUGCCUCAAUUUAUGGCGGUGUACGAAAGGCUGCUCGCGGCUCGCCAACGGUUUGCCCUGCUGGGCCAAAGCAAAACAGGCGUUGCGCGAUCAGUAAGCCCGAGAGAUCUCUUGAAGUGGUGCCAGCGGGUCUCAUUACUCUUGAAGAGCCACUCUUCAUUUACGAGCAGUGACAAGGACCAUAUUUUCUUGGAAGCGAUAGAUUGCUUCGUUGGCUCGCUCCCGGAUGACUCUGCACGCUCCGGCUUGGCUGCUGCAAUCGCAGAAGAACUUCAGAUCGAUCCUCAGCGACGAGAUUGGUUACUCUAUCAGCGCGAGGUCCCCUAUAAGGCGGAGGACUCGAGAAUUGUCAUUGGCCGUCACGUUCUGCCGAAGACGAAGCAGCUCAGGUCAUCUCAGACUUCUUUCUCUACAAAUCCACACACUAAUCGCAUGCUUGAACGAGUGAGCGCUGCUGUUCUCAAUCAAGAACCGCUUCUCCUGGUUGGUGAGACUGGUGUUGGCAAGACGACGGCUGUGCAGCACCUGGCGGCUCACCUUGGCAAGAAGCUCGUGCCGUUCAACUUGUCCCAGCAAAGUGAGGCAGGUGACUUGCUUGGCGGCUUCAAGCCAGUCAACGCUCGGACUCUGGUCGUUCCGAUGAAAGACGAAUUUGAUGAGCUAUUUGCAGAAAGCUUUAGCGCGACCAAGAACAAACAAUUCAUAGAGCUUCUGGGCAGGCAGAUGAGUAAAGGCAACUGGAAGUCCGUAUGCAAGCUAUGGCGCCAAGCACUGAUCAUGGUCGAUCAACAGCGUUCUGAGUCUCCUCCUCGAGAAGGCGAGGCUCCCAGCAAGAAGCGGAAAGUUGAGUCUAGGAAGACCAUUGAUUUUGCCCGCUGGGACAACUUUGCAGGCAAUGUCAAGAACAUAGAGCGCAAACUCGCAGAUAGAAAUGACGCUGUUGCGUUCACUUUCGUCGAGGGCAAUAUCGUCAAGGCUGUGCGGAAUGGAGACUGGAUCCUCCUAGACGAAAUCAACUUGGCAGCUCCUGACACUCUGGAGUCCAUUGCCGACCUUCUGGACCACACGUCACCGUCUAUCUUGCUGACCGAGGCCGGGAAUAUCGAGCGGAUUGAGGCACAUCCAGAGUUCCGAGUCUUUGCUGCUAUGAACCCUGCAACUGACGUCGGUAAAAAGGACUUACCACCAGGUAUUCGAUCACGAUUCACCGAGUUGUACGUUGAAGGUCCCGAUCGGGAUCUCAAGAGUCUGGAGGCCAUCGUGUCGAGCUACCUGGGAAAAGAAUCGAUAUCGGCCGAUCCUGCAGUCGCCCGCGACGUAAGCGUUCUACACCAGAAGAUUAUCGGACUUUCGGAGGAGAACAAAUUGGUUGAUGGCGCUGGCCAGAAGCCGCACUUCUCUCUUAGGACUCUGACCAGAACUUUGAGCUAUGCAAAGCGGAUACAAGCGACCUGCGGUCUUCGCCGAGCACUUUUUGAGGGGUUCCAGAUGAGCUUUUUGACAUUUCUGGACUCUGAGUCUGCGCAGCUCGUACAGCCAACGAUAAAGCAGCACCUCUUGGGCAAAAUAAAGGGGAUGGAAGCUGAGCUCAAGAGGCCUCUUCGCAAACCUAACGAGGGGAAAGCGUAUGUUGAGCCCUAUCCUGGCUGCAAACACUGGAUACGUCAAGGCGUCCAGAAGCUUCAAGAUCAAGAUCACUACAUCAUCACACCUUUCGUGAGGAGCAAUCUGGAGAAUUUGGUUCGCGCCUCAAGUACUCGACAGUUUCCCGUUCUGAUUCAAGGACCCACUUCAAGUGGUAAGACGAGCAUGAUCGAGUAUCUGGCGAAGCGGACUGGUCACACAUUCACACGUAUUAACAACCAUGAGCACACUGACUUGCAAGAAUAUCUCGGCACCUACAUUUCAGGCGCUGAUGGUCGAAUUCAGUUCCAGGAGGGAGUCCUCGUGAAAGCUCUGCGCGAAGGCCAUUGGAUCGUCCUUGAUGAGUUGAACCUGGCUCCGACAGAUGUUCUUGAGGCAUUGAACAGACUACUGGACGACAAUCGCGAGCUGCGUAUCCCUGAGACACAAGAAGUCGUACGACCACAUUCUGACUUCAUGCUGUUCGCUACCCAGAAUCCUGCUGGUCUGUAUGGCGGGCGGAAAACGCUCUCGAGAGCGUUCCGCAAUCGCUUCCUGGAGCUGCAUUUCGAUGACAUACCUGUCAAUGAGCUUCAAGAGAUCCUGCACCGCCGUACACAAUUGCCUGAGUCUCGCGCCAAGCGCAUAGUCAAUGUUUACAAAGAACUGUCGGUGUUGCGGCAAGAGACUCGUUUGUUUGAGCAGAAGAGCUUUGCAACGUUGCGAGAUCUAUUUCGUUGGGCGCUGCGACAGAACGACACCAUCGAGCAGCUCGCGGCCAAUGGCUACAUGCUUCUUUGCGAGCGUGUGCGGAAGCCGCAAGAACGCACAGCCUUGAAAACUGUCAUUGAGAAUGUGAUGAGCAAGAACGGGCCUCGAGUGCGUAUUGAUGAGGACAGUCUCUACGCAGACGAAUGCCCUGAAGUUCUUGAGCAUAAACGUAAUGCUGGCAGACAAGAUGUUGUCUGGACCAAAGCUAUGCGAAGGCUGUAUGUUCUUGUGUCGCGGGCAAUCUUGAACAACGAACCUGUCUUGCUCGUCGGUGAGACGGGAUGCGGCAAGACAACCGUGUGCCAGAUGUUAGCAGAUGCUCUUCGCAAAGAGCUACACACUGUCAACGCUCAUCAGAACACUGAGACUGGAGAUCUCAUAGGAUCACAUCGCCCCGUUCGUGAUCGGGCGGCUACCGACUCCACUCUCAGACAGCUUUUGCUUACUUCGCCUCUCCUGCAGACGUACGAUCGUGCUCACCUCAGGUCAACUGAUGACCUGCUGGCUGCACACGACGAAAUCUUGGCUUCGAUACCAAUAGAAGAGCGCGAGGCUUACAGCCAAACACCGACAUACGCUAAGAUACAGGUGCUGCGUGGUCGCCUCCGACAAAUCUUUGAAUGGUCCGACGGUACUCUGGUGAAGGCCAUGCGAAGCGGAGACCUCUUCCUGCUUGACGAGAUCUCACUUGCAGAUGAUUCUGUUCUAGAACGCCUGAACAGUGUCCUGGAAUCGCAGCGAACAAUCUUGCUUGCCGAGAAAGGAAGCCUUGAUUCCUCGGUUACAGCUGCGGAUGGCUUUCAAUUUCUUGCGACCAUGAACCCUGGAGGUGAUUAUGGCAAGCGAGAGCUGUCACCUGCGCUGCGCAACCGCUUCACUGAGAUUUGGGUGCCUUCCCUCUCGGAUCUGGAGGAUGUGCUGCAGAUCGUACGUGCGAAGCUGGUGGACUCUGCACUUCCACAUGCGCAAGCCAUGGUCGGGUUUGCCGAUUGGUUCAAGAAACGAUUCGACAACUCCGCCAGCUCUUCUGUAUCCAUUCGAGACACGCUCGCAUGGGUAGACUUCAUCAACGUCUUUGCGCGCUUCGACGUCUUGCCCGCUGUGGUACAUGGUGCAGCCAUGGUGUACAUUGAUACGCUUGGUGCCAACCCUGCUGGCCUCAUCUCACUUACCUCGCAGAGCAUCGAUGAAGAGCGCCAUGCAUGUCUAGUCGAGCUUGGUCGGCUUUUGGCUGUCAAUGCUCUUGAGAUAUACGGCAGGACGUUCGAGGUCAGGAAAGACGAUGGGGCUUUUGGAAUCGGACCUUUCAGUCUUCCUCGUACCCGAAACGCCUCGGCAACGUAUGAAUCUUUCACAUUCGACCCACCCACCACGAGAUCUAAUGCCAUGAGGGUCUUGAGGGCCCUGCAGCUCUCAAAGCCUCUACUGCUCGAAGGCAGUCCGGGCGUUGGCAAGACGGCAUUGGUGACUGCAGUCGCCGCUGCGGUCAACAUGCCUCUGACGCGAAUAAAUCUCUCUGAUCAGACCGACCUCUUAGAUCUGUUUGGUUCGGAUGCGCCUGUGGAAGGCGCGCAAACAGGGACCUUCGUUUGGCGGGAUGCACCCUUCCUCCGCGCCAUGAAGAAUGGUGAAUGGGUCCUCCUCGAUGAGAUGAAUUUGGCCUCACAAUCGGUUCUAGAAGGCCUGAAUGCUUGCUUGGAUCAUCGUGGAGAAGUUUUCAUCCCGGAGCUCGGUCAGUCCUUUGCUCGCCAUCCGGACUUCCGCCUGUUCGCGGCUCAGAACCCGCAUCAUCAGGGCGGUGGUCGUAAGGGGCUCCCAGCAUCAUUUGUCAACCGCUUCACUGUUGUUUAUGCGGACUCUUUCAGGUUCGAGGACCUGAUGCUUAUCUGUCAGCGUAUGUUCCCAACGCUCGACCGCAAAUACCUGGAGCAAGCAGUCAACUUCGUCACGGAGCUUCAUGAUGCAGUUGCAGAUCGUCGUGAGUUCGGCUCGAACGGCGGUCCCUGGGAGUUUAAUCUGCGAGACAUUGCGCGUUGGUUGGAGCUGGCUUCAUCCGAUGAAGGGUUAGUGAAGGCGGGAACCCCUCGCGACUUCGUCGAAACACUUUUCACGCAGCGAUUCAGGACACAACACGAUCGCGAUUGUCUUCGCAAGCUCUUUGAUCACGUGUUCAUUGGAGCCGCACCAGUGGCCGAUCUCUUCUGCAAUCUGUCUCCAAACUCUCUGCAAGUCGGGCUCGGUUUACUUCGACGAGACCAAUUCAGUGCAGCACCUCAGCCUGCGCAUCGGGACCUCAAUUUCUUCGGUCCAAGCCAUCUGCAAGUACUGCAGUCAGCCAUGCUCAGCGUGCAGCGGAGAUGGCCUGUGAUUCUGGCAGGGCCGCCCGGUGUCGGCAAGACAAGACUCGUAGAGCGAUUAGCAGCUUCGGUUGGCGCGAACGUUGCAACACUUGCCAUGAGCGCUGAGACUGAUGCUCUAGACCUCAUCGGUGGCUACGAGCAGCACGAUCCCCAUCGACAGAUAUCACGUGUUCUCAGCGAGCUUCGUGCUCGAUGUGAUAGUUUGGUCAAGAGUGGACUUCUAGAAGGUCCCGAAGCUAGGGCUUGCCUGCUUCUUCGAGCUUUCCAAGAGUUGGAAUCAUCACCAAACGACAAGGCUCUGUUGGACGAGGUGGCUGCUUGUUUGCCUCCUUCUGCACUGUCAGAAUGGUCGCCGUUGUUGGAGACUUUACAAGGCGGCACCACGACCAUCGACAAGGCACGCUUCGAGUGGGUCGAUGGUCCUCUUGUCGAAGCCUUACAGCAAGGCAAAUGGCUGGUCAUUGAUAACGCUAACUUGUGUAGUGCCUCAGUGUUGGACCGUUUGAACUCCUUGCUGGAGCCUAAUGGCGCGCUCAUCAUCAACGAGCACAGCACUGAAGAUGGAUCCCCGCGGAUCUUACGACCGCACCCAAGCUUCAGGAUCUUUCUCACAGUCGACCCUCGGCUCGGGGAAUUAUCUCGUGCCAUGCGCAACCGCGCGGUUGAAUUGCACAUGACGGCAACCUCAGCCCAGGCUGCUUCUUCAACAGACGGCCUGUAUGCUGAGUCUGCCAUGGCCAACUUCAAAGCUUUAAAAGCUGUUAAGGACUUUCAAGAUAAGGAGCUGCUCGAGGUCACUAGGGAUCACUUCGCUCUGGCUGAUCAGUCACUGGUGUCUCGACUACAGCAACAGAUCAGCAAUGGUCUCUUCGAGCGAACAGCUGACUUCGCUGAUGCCUCUGAAGCCUUGAAUACGAGGACAGAAGCCAGGCUUCCUCUAGGCCUAUUUUAUCAGGGAAUAACAAGCCAUAUGCAGGUGCCUGCUGACUAUGCUUGUGUCCAGGUCAGUCGUCCUGCUCCCUCUCUUGUAAGUAUCACAAUAGCUAACGGUAAGCUUUCCUUACAGACCCUUCAUCCCCUCAACAAUCAGCCACUUGUGCAACAAUCUCAACGAUCGUUUGCCGAAGCUCUUUCUCUAAGUGCACGUUACGAUCUUACUCUCGCGUUUACAUCAAUUGCGAAGACUCUGGCGGCUUGCAAAGAUGAUCGCAAAAUGUCUGACCGGCUCGGUCGUUUCUGGAAGACAGCACGUAAGGAGCUCAAUGCCGGCUCCAAUCGGAACAACGACGGGCUUCUCGCGACCAUCGAGGCAAUGCUGCAGUAUCUCUGGUCUUGGCUACACCAAGCUGACUCUCUAGAUGUGGAUGAAGUCGUGAACGCAAAGGCCACCUUGAACGGCCUCCUCUCCUACGCCUGGGUACUUCUACAAGCCAUACAAUCCGAAGCAUUCGACCUGGCUUCGCUCGCAGCUUUCAAUUUGGCGGGGCAAUCGAUGUCUACAAUAGCCUUGAAAAACGCACCAGCCUCGGUCUCGUCCGCAAUCGGCCAAUAUUACUCCGUUUUAUGCUCGCUGAGCCCUCAAGCAGCUGGAACGACCGGAAGCGGUUUCACGGGCCUCUGGAAGGCUAUCAGGCCGACCGUGCCAAGCACAAUCGACGGCUUGCAAGCGUUGCUCAGAUUCGAAGCUGUGGUCGAUCGCUUUGAUCAGGCUGUGUCAAGCAUGCGUUUGCCUGUAGCUCAGAUCGUGGACUUGAAAUUGGCAUUUCAGCAAGCCCUGAGUGUCAGCACAGCGACUGGCCGCGAUAUGGUUGUACUCGCAGAGAAGGCCUUAGGUCUCAUCCCAGGCAAGCCUGCAGAGGACGAGACAACCGUUAUGCCUGGAGUCUCGAAACCACACUUCGCAGACAGCUUUGAGCUGCUAUGCCGGCAUUUUGCAGUGCUCAUGUUGGCAUCACCGUGCCUGCUUCCGACCGAAGCAGUGAGCUUGGAAAUGUUUGCUCAGAGGAAGACUGUCUCGGGCAUGACCUUCCAGCGAGACGGAAACACUCGAGCCAUCUCAAGCCAGUUCCGCCUUCUAGAGCUCAAUGGGCAAGCCAGAGACGAUGUUCAAAAGGAUGAACAAAUCGGGUUGAGCGUUUUGCAACGUCUCCUGAAUGUGGAUCAAGCCGCUUUGCGCGAUAUGUCACUCCUGGACGCUGAGACCCGGAUUCUCGGUCAGACACUCUCUUCGAAAGCUCAUCUUGUACGCACCGAUGAGCUACCAGUCCUGAAGUCUUCUCUUCGACAAUUUCUGCAGACUGUACUCGAGACACUUGCAUCUUCUGGUAGCUCCGGAGAUGUGGUUCAAGGUGCUGCCAUGUUGCUUCAAGCCUUCCACGAAGGCUCUGAUGAUCUCAUUGCUUUAUCGAGCAUUAGCAGGCAGCAUCGCUCGGUCUUCGAGCAUCUCGCUUCUGUGAUCAGCUAUCUGGUCGGUGAAUCAAACAAUGCCGAAGACGCCUCCACGGCGUGGGCAUCGUUCGCACUCGGUAGUCUGGAGCUUUACGUGCCCAGCCAAGGAUUCGAUCCGGUUCAAGAAGCUCAUAUUGAACGACAGGUAUACCAACACACCAGGAGUGAUCUGGAAUCGAGAUUGAACGCACUGCGUGCUUUCAGAGAAGCCUGGUUUGGGGAUCAGUCUUCCCUGCGUGCCCGUCUGCUGCUAGAAGACAUUCGCGCAUUGGGUGACGGUCCAGCGACAGUUGAAAUAUGCAGACCUCACAUUUCUCAGCUGGCGCAGUUACAUGGCGAAUUUCAGGCUCUCAUGAGGAUCCUCCGACCUCUACGUACCAUUAACAAUGUUGACGUGCAGGCACUGGAUGCGAAUGCCUGGAGCAAUCUUCGUGUCAUUCGGACGAGAUUGCAGGAGCAGUAUCGUGCUUACGCGGAUUUGGCUAUGCCCGUGGUUGGCUUCAUCGACUGCCUGUUCGUUUCGCGGCGACUCGCGAUCCUGGCAAGUAGCUCUGCUGCUUCUACUACUGUCGACUCAUCUGCAGCCAACUUGACGCCCUUAGUGGGUGCUGGGGCUGUCGAGUGGCUAUCUGAUGAGGUCUUCAUCCAAGCUCGCGAGGCCUGCCGGUCCAAAGACGAACAGCUCCACUGGCUUGCUAUUGUCGCAGUCAGAUCGACUCUCGUACCAGUCUCAAAGUUCUCUCCAGAGCUGCAGCACACCGUCGAGAAUUCCUUCAGGGGCUUUUACGACGCUUGGAAGGUCGAACUUAGCCGGGACCAGAAGCUCGCUGCUGCAAAUUCUAGUCUGUACAAGUAUCGCGGUGGCGACAUUGACCAAGAUGAGGUUGUGCAGACUGAGCUCGACGAGUUGUUUCCGGACUACAGCACAGGUGCAGAUACCGCUGAACACAGCACGCGAUCGGGAGCUGACGCUCAAGCUCUGGCACCUAAGCUGGCUUGCCUAUACCAUUCCCUAUUCUCGCCUGACGUCUCACAGCCAGAGCAGCUUCUCGGCCUAGUUCGACACUGGGCCGAGCUCGCAGCCAUCAGGCCUGCUCAGGUCAAGGAAUAUAACGCUUUGCCCGCACUAAUGUUGGGAUUGGAGAACAUGAGUUCCACGCUGACUGGCUUGAACUCCCCACGUGAGAGUCACAACAUAUACAAAGACGCGAACAUCGGGCAGAGCAGAGCAUUGAUCGCUCUCGUGGAGAAGGUUCAGAUGCGCUUUGAAUCGAUCCACGACGCCUGGCCUGAGCAUGCAACGCCUAUCGAAGUGCUUCGAGCAUGUGCACAGAUACUUGACCUAGGUCAUGCGGAACCGGUGGCCCGCUAUCUGCCUCCUGUGGAGAAACUUCACGGCACCAUCAACGAGUGGCAGAAAGUCGCAAGCUCAGAAUACUCUGCUGCCACUUUGCUGGAAGACACGACCAAUUUGAUUGUGGGCUGGAGACAGCUUGAGCUCUCUACCUGGGCAGGCAUGUUCGAUUCUGAAGAUGAGCAAUGCAAGGAGAAUGCAGCCUCAUGGUGGUACAUUGCCUAUGAGACCAUCAUCCAAGCUGCUGGAAGCGCCUCGCAAGAUCAGGACAGCGUGCAAAAUUUCGCGCAGCAAUUGCUCCAGACAUUGAGUGGGUUCCUGGCGAACUGUGGACUUGGAGAAUACCGCAUUCGCCUUGGGAUGUUGGUCGAUUUCAAGCUUGCAUUGGCAUCUAUGUGCCCGGAUCAGCCAUCGUUCGGCGUCGUUCAUGACGCACUUUCAAGCGUGAUCAGUUUCUACUCACGCUUUGAAGGCGCCAUUGCGGAUACACUCGCCAAGAAAAGAGCUGAGCUUGAAAAAGACAUCAAGAAUGUGAUUCAACUUGCCAGCUGGAAAGACCGCAACAUCGAGACGCUAAAGAACGGCGCCAAGGCCUCUCACAAGAAGCUGUUCAAGACUGUAAGAAAGUAUCGCAAAGCUCUCGGUGAGCCAGUGGAGCCAUUGCUGCGUGCUGAGUUUCCGUACGUCUUGUAUGAGUUACAGCGACCGGAGAGCAAUAUGCAGCCAACAAUCGUCGAAAGCGCUGGCAUGGACCUUCCUGUGACCAGGAUAACAGUCUGGAGAGAUCGGCCAUCUCAAUUCAUUAACGUCGAUGCCACAGUUAAAGACAUGGUAUCACGGGCAACCACAGCGACUGGCCUGACAGGUGCGACGAAGAAGAUUGAAAAGUUCUUGAAGGAACUCGAGGAAGAGAGCGAGGAGCUACGCAGAGAAACCCCAAACACAGCCACAGAGGAGAAGAAGACUUUAGUCCAACAUUUAAAGACUAGGAAACGUCGACUACUCGCGGAUGUCUUCCGGGAUGUCCGCAACAUGGGGUUCUCAUCAAAUCUGGGCGAGGAUGUCAAGACGCAACAGCGGUCCUUGCAAGGCGUGUUGGCGAGGUCUCCGCCGCUGACUCUGGAUGGCGAUAUGAGUGGUGCAAGUGCCGCCGAUCAGGAAUUCCAUCGCCUGCUUCAAACCAUGGAGGCUGUUCGUAGCUCCGACUUGAAGCCAUCUGACGAUCUCACGCCGGCGGAGGUGGAUCGCGCGAAGAACCUUCUGGAGAGUAUGCUGCGGACCAUGAUCGAUCAACGCAAUGCUCUGAAGUUCCCUUUGAAGAGUUUGGCUGCUUUGAAGGCUCUUCUAGACAAGCUUUCUGCGUUUGGUGCAUGCCAGGGCCCGCACCCACGAGUGGAGACAGUCCGAGGGCCUCAUCUGCUGCAAGCAGGAAUAGCAAGCCUUGGCACCGUUCUCCGAGCCACACUGAAAUGUGUAGAUGCUCAAGGAACGCUCUCUAAAAAGGACUACACGCCUGCAGUACAACCAUUACAGCAGGAUGUGGUAGAAUUGGAGGCGAUCAAGGAAGGCAUGAGCGCAUCUGCGCCCUUACCUGAUGACAUUGAGAGUGAAACUACUGACGCUCUUCGUCAUCGAUUCAACACUGCGGUUGAGAGCAUCGGCGCUCAUGUCAGAGACACGGUUCAGUCUCAUCCUGAACUGGGGCCUGUCCUCUCGCAGCUGCUACUAUGGCAAAAUUUUGGCGCCAGCAAAGCGGAUCGUACGUCAGGACCCGGCAAGAACUCGACUCCUGUCAACACCUGGCUACAUGGCCUGUUCGAAAUCCUCGAGAAAGCACGAGCGCUUCCUUUGAGCACUAGCCACCCGACAACGAAUGGGCACAGUAAGCAGCAAUGGCUAAUAGACCACCAGACUGCUACCCGACGUACGCUUGAGGAGUUGAGGAUAGAAUCUUGCGCGAGCGGACUCAACUCUCUAAUGGCGCAAAUGGCAGGUUUGCAAGUGGAUGAAACAGCCACAAUGUCCCAGCUGGCAGCGAUAUGUCACCAUCUACAACCUAUCCUCUACGCCUACCUGGCGAUUGUGGAGAAUGCUGUUUUCAAUAUGAUCGAACUGCACUCGACGACAAGCAAGAUGGCUCACAAGCUAGCAACUGCUUUCGUGCAGCUUGCCCGUCAUGGUUUCUGUCAGCCCUCUGAAAAAGCCGAAAGUGAUGAACAGCAAUCUGGACAAGUCGAGAGUGGGACCGGCCUUGGCGAUGGCGAAGGAGGCGAAGAUAUCAGUAAAGAUGUGGGCAACGACGAAGAUCUCUCUGAGCUUGCUCAAGAUGCUGCAUCGAAAGACAAGGAAGGCGAGACUGAAGCCGAGAAGGAUGCAGUCGACAUGGCUGAUGAGGAUCUCGAGGGCAAGUUUAAUGAGGAUGCAGGCUCUGAAGGCGAUGAUCAGGAUGAUGGUGAUGAGGGCCAGUCUGAUGCCGAGAUUGACGAAGAAGCUGGCCAUGUUGAUGGCGAGAAAGACGAUGCUGUCGAUGAGAAGACAUGGAACGAUCAAGAGAAGGCGGAAGAGGCAGAGAAAGAGGCAGAUGGUGCACAAGGCACGAAGAGCGACGAUGUCUCAGCCAGCGCUGAUAACGCCAAAGAGGGCACCGAGGAACAGUCUCAAGAAGGAGAAGACGAAGUGGAGGGGGGUUCCGAGAUGGACAACGAAGCGGAACACAAUGAGCCUGAGCAAGCGGAUGCUCAUCUUCAAGAAGUGCAAAACCUCGAUCUACCUGAGGACAUGGAGAUGGAUGGGCCCAAAAAGGAGGUGGAAGACAUUUCCGAUGGCGGGGAUGAUCUACCGGACGAAAUGAGCGAUGUGGAUGCCGGCGAUGCAGCGAGCGACAAGGAGGAGUCUCGCGAUGUAGAGAUGAACGAGGGUGAAGAUGAAGAUCAAGCUGAAGAAAACGGCGAGGCGGCGGAGCUGGAACAAGAAGGGCAGGAUGCGCCAAAUGAGGAAGAAGAUGCACAAUCGGAUAUCGCGAUGCUCGAUAAGCCGGAACCUCAAGAACAGCCACACGAUGGGCUGCACUCUGGCGAAGAAGGUCAGGGUCAGCAGGACCAGAACGAUGCCAAUACCAAUGGCGCUCUGCCUACUGCUGAGCAAGCAGACAACGAGAAUGACGCGGAGCAGCCGGAUGAGCAGUCCGGCACAGCUGAGGGUGGUAAUCGAACGCACCAAAAUAGACCCUCUGGUCAGGCGCAAGGUGCCGAGGAAGACGAGAAGAAGCAGCCUUUGAAGCAGCUUGGCGAUGUGUUAAAGCAGUGGUACGACCAACAUCGUAACAUCGAAGAUGCUCAGGAAGCAGAAGGCCCCGAGCCAGAGCCAGAGUCAGAUCAGCCAAUGGACGUGGACGACGCGCGCUUCGAGCACACCGACGAUGCCGAAGCGGAAAUGCAGGCUUUAGGCGCGGCGAAAGCGGAACAAUCCCGAGCUCUGAACGAUGAGAACGCUGUUCCCCUGGAACAAGAAGAGCAGGACACCUCUGAGCCUCUCCGAGACCAGCUGAAAGAACAUUCCGAGCCUGUGGAUGAAGAUGAGACGGAAGCCGGCGCCGGUGCCAAGGACAAGGGCGCGGACUCUGGAGCUCAGUCAAGUCAAGCAGUCGUUGGACAGCCUACUGAGGUCGACAUGGAUCUGGAAGAUGAUGCCAAUGAGGAAGAGGAGCCAAGCGAAGUGGACGAUGUCGACGAACAGCUCACCAAUACACAUCUCUCGCAAGCCAACCUGGAAGCGCUGCCCAUGGAGCUGGCCCGACAAGAAUGGUCUGACCACGAAAGCCGCACACGCAACAUGGCCAUCGUCCUCACCGAGCACCUUCGUCUCAUCCUGCAGCCGACCCAAGCCACGAAGAUGCGCGGCGACUUCCGCACGGGCAAGAGGCUGAACAUCAAGAAGAUCAUCCCGUACAUCGCAUCUUCCUACAAGCGCGACAAGAUCUGGAUGCGACGAUCGAUCCCCAGCAAGCGCUCGUACCAGAUCCUGCUGGCCAUUGACGACUCGGAAUCCAUGAACGAGAGCGAGCGGAAAGGUCUGGCGUUCGACACCCUCGCGCUCGUGGCGAAGAGCAUGUCGAUGCUGGAAGUCGGCGAGCUGGCCAUUGUCGGGUUCGGCGAAUCGGUGCACGUGGCGCACGAUUUCAGCAUGCCCUUCACCUCGGACGCCGGGGCGCAAGUCGUUCGCCAUUUCCGCUUCUCGCAGUCCAAGACGGACGUGAGGGCCUUGCUCGAGCGCUCCAUCGAGCUCUUCCGCGCCGCGAGGCUGAAAGCCGCCAGCUCCACGAGCAAUCUCUGGCAAUUGCAGCUGAUCAUCUCCGACGGGCUCUGCCAGAACCACGCCGCGAUCCGUCGGCUCGUGCGGCAAGCGCACGAGGAACGCAUCAUGGUCGUCUUCAUCAUUGUCGAUGCCACGGCGGCGGCGCCGCCGGGCACGCAUUCCGUCGUGGAUCCUGAAACGACGACGAAGCAGAGUAUUGUCGAUCUCCAGACCGCCGAGUUCCAGGACGGGCAAGUCCGCAUGCAGAAGUACCUGGAUACGUUUCCCUUUCGCUAUUAUCUGAUUGUGAGGGAUGUGCAGGAGCUGCCGAAUGUUCUGGCGGGCGCUCUGAGGCAGUGGUUUGCGGAGGUCGUGGAGAGUGGAUAG